AUGUACAGUUCAAAAUUCGAUAAUGAUGUCGACGAUGAUUGUUCCUGCGAGGAGAUCAUCGUCUCCCGACGACCAAAAUCUUCUUAUCAUUUUCGAAAGAAAGAUAUAAAAAAAAUGAAAGAUACGAGUCAUCAAAAGAGCAUCGACGAGUUUGAUCCUUGCGUUUGUCCAGAAGAAAAUCUUCAAUAUAUUAAAUCGAUCAAUAGAGAAAUAAUUAAAUCAUCAUCGACUUUGAAGGACACGUACGAAACAGAUCCAGACAAGUCGAAAAAAAAGAAGAGAAAUAAGACCAACAAGAUAAUCACGAAGAAAAGAAAUAACGUUUGUCGAACGAAAGAAAUAGACGAUCCAGCUUAUUCGAUAAUUUAUUGUAACAAAUUCGAGGACGACGAACAAUUACAGGACUUUCUAUUCCCGUUCAGGGCUACGAGUACUCAGGAGAACGCCGAAUGGAACGAAAGUGAUAUCAGUACGUGCACGUUUCCCAUAAUAGAAAAACUAAGCAAUUGUACCGGCACGUGUAAUAAUAUCGAAAGAAAAUCCGAUUCACGAGAGAUUAAAUUAAAGGAUCCUUUCUGUGAUAUACCAUCGAUUCCUCAUUGCGAUUUGCCUGAUCUAAUCGAAAAAAAACCGGAACCUGAGGUCCUAGCUACGGUAUUAUUAUUAUCGGAAAAGGAUAAUCUAAGGGAGGCCAAACCGAACGUCAUAUUUGAUAAAUUGUUUUUGAAUUUGACGUCUCGUCAAAAUUUCACGACUGACAUGAUCGAUAAAGUCAAUGAUCAUAAAGCGACAAAUACUAUUGACAAUCUUGCGAAUUUUCAAUUGGACGAUACUCUGAUCGAGAAAUUUUUAAAAGAACACGAGGACACCGAUACUACCGUAAGUCUACCUCAAAACUUGAAGGAUAAUACUCAAGAGAAAUGGACGAAGGACGAUAUGCUCGAGUACAUGAUGAAAGUAGAAGUAACACCGGCUUAUAGGAAUUACGUUCGAUUGAACGGUUCUGUAAAACCAUCCUGGUUUCCUGGGUAUGCUCUCGUCUCACCCCUUAUACCGAACUGCAUAAGGAUAACCUCUGACCCUGGCGAGGCGUUGCUCGAGGCGUGGCGUCUUUGUCGACCUCGACACUUUGACGAGUUCUCCAAGUCGUUCCUGAAUACGGCUUGA